AUGCCAGCGUCGUGGUCUGAAAAAGAAAUAGCAGGUACUGACUGGUUCUCUUCAUUCCUGAAGCGUCAUUCGAAGCUUUCAUUGAGGACACCAGAGGCAACAAGCAUUGCUAGCGCGACAGCAUUCAAUAAAACUAAUGUAUCUGAGUUCUUUACAAAACUGGCUGAAGUGAUGGACAGACACAUGUUCGACGCAUGUAGCAUUUGGAAUGUGGAUGAGACGGGAGUCGUGACGGUGGUGAAACUGAAAAACGGGGUAGCGGUUACUGGUGUAAAGCAGAUAGGAUCUUUGACAUCAUCUGGGAGAGAGCAACUAGUCACUCUAUGUGUAGCAGUAUCAGCAAGCGGUAACACUGUUCCACGGUUCCUUGUUUAUCCACGCGUCAAUUUAAGAGAUCAUUUUCCGACUGGAGCACCAACUGAUUCCGAGGGAACGGCCCCUCUGUCUGGAUGGAUGACAAAAGAUAACUUUCUUCUGUUUCUGAAAAACUGUGUGCAACAUGUAAAAUCAACAAAGGAUAGGCCAGUGCUCAUUUUGCUGGAUAACCAUUACUCUCAUCUCUCUUUAGAUGCUCUGGAAUAUGCCAAGGAGAACGGUAUAGUUAUGUUAUCUUUUCCACCGCAUUGCUCCCAUCGUUUGCAGCCACUGGACCUGUCGGUAUUCGGACCUCUGAAAAGAAAACUGUCAGUGUCUCAGAGUAAAUGGCUACGUAACCAUCCAGGGAAGCCAGUAUCAAUCUAUGACAUCGCAGGUAUUUUAUGUGAACCUUGGAAAGAGACAUUAACUAUGUCUAACAUAUGUAGUGGAUUUCAGAAGGUUGGGAUUGUCCCAUUUAACAGAAACAUAUUUACAGAUGAAGAUUUCAUGCCGGCAGACGUGGCUGACAGACCAUUGGAAGCCGGAUCAGUUAAUGCAGAUUCACACACAGUGGCUGUUCCAGUAUAA